AUGUUUCACAGAACUUGGUCAGUGACUGCCAACACAACAAAGUCUUGUCCAGUGAAUGCAAAGAGCAAGGCCAUCUCUGUUUGCAGUGCCAUUCGAGAGCCAAUGGCACCAUUCGAUAUUGUGCCAUGUGAUUUAUCACUCGUGUGGCUAUCCUACUUUGCGGUAUUUGCUGCAACAGUGCUUGAUUUGCCUGCAUGCAAACAUGUUACAGUCAAGUAUUUCAACAUUAUUGUGACGCAUGUGCUCUUGCACACGCUAUGUUUACCCCAGCUUCCAUUCCCACAUCAUGCAUGCAUCGCUACAAGGAAACUGUGGCAUGCCCAAAACACAUCUGUAUUGCUCAGAAUUUGCAUAAUCUAUACUUUAAACAAGGAAAUUUGUCCAUGUGAUGAAAAGGACUCCACAAUUCGUGCCUGA